GAGGGCGCCCUGAUCAAGUUUCACAUGCUACAAAUAUCCUUCCUGGGCUGUUACACUGUGAGGCAUUUCACCAAUGAGCACAUACUGCAGAUGAAGCGUCCCUUUCCACUCGCAAGUUGAGAGACACGAACUUCACAGCAGACAUGAGUCAAGUCUUGGACAUUGAGCGCUGUGAUCUGGACAUUAAGAAGAACAGCAGCAGUCAUCACACCGAGCUGUAUGGAGAGAAGCGUUUGAUCGUGAGGAGGGGACAGCCCUUCAACAUUAUUUUACACCUGUCGCCUGGCAGCAAACACUUCACACCGGGCAAAACCAGCUUCACGCUCAUCGUUGAAACGGGUCCGUUACCCAGAAAAGAAUCGGACACAAAGGUCUCAUUCAGUCUGCGUGAAUCCACGGUGGACACUGAAUGGAGUGCAUCUGCCACUAAUGAGCCCUCAGGAAACGCAGUGCAUGUUUCUAUCUCUUCCUCCCCUGAUGCUCCCAUCGGGCUCUAUUCUCUGACUGUGGACCAAGAGGGGCAGAAGACCAGCUUGGGACAGUUCACCCUACUUUUCAAUGCCUGGUGCCCAAGAGAUGCUGUUUACAUGCGCAGCGAGACUAAGAGACAGGAGUAUGUUUUAUCCCAGCACGGACAAGUCUACAGAGGGACACACAAAAGGAUCAAAGGGAUGCCCUGGAACUUUGGACAGUUUGACUCAGGAAUACUGGAUAUCUGUCUGAAGCUUCUCGAUGAAAACCCCAAGUUUGUGUCUGAUGCCGAUAAGGACUGCUCUGCCAGGAGAAAUCCGGUCUAUGUGACCAGAGUACUGAGUGCCAUGAUCAACAGUAAUGACGACAGAGGUGUGCUCGUGGGGGAGUGGUACGACUUUUCAGGUGGGGUUCAUCCUGGAAAGUGGAUCGGCAGUGGAGACAUUCUGCGCCGGUGGGCAGAGAGCGGCCCCGUCCGCUAUGGCCAGUGUUGGGUCUUUGCUGCUCUUGCGUGCACAGUGUCCCGUGCUCUGGGCAUCCCAUGCCGAGUGGUUACCAACUUUGGAUCAGCUCACGAUACCGACGCCAACCUGGUGAUUGAAAACCUGUACGAUGAAGAUGGUGAAAAAAUUUCUGACGAUUCAAUAUGGAACUUCCACGUUUGGGUGGAUAGCUGGAUGACUCGUCCAGACUUGGGGGACAAGUUUGAUGGGUGGCAAGCUAGUGAUCCCACCCCACAGGAGACGAGUGAAGGUGUUUUCUGUUGUGGACCAGCGUCUCUGAACGCCAUCAAGGAAGGAGAGCUGACCAAGAAGUAUGACGCACCCUUUAUUUUUGCCGAGGUCAAUGCAGAUGUUGUGGACAAGGUGCGGCUGUCAACUGGAGAGUUUGUGGAGUUAAGUGGAUCGACUACGUCUGUUGGACGUUUCAUCAGCACCAAAGCUGUGGGCUCAGACGACAGACACGACAUCACGCAUCAGUACAAGUAUCCGGAAGGGUCAAAGGAGGAGAGGCUGGUGUAUGAGAAGGCCAAGCACAACAACAAGCUGCAGCAGCGAGGAGAAGAGCCGGGGCUGCAGCUCAAGAUCAAGCUGGCUGACAACAUGAUCGUGGGCUCAAACUUCGAGGUGUUCGCCGUCCUCACCAACAACUUCAAGGAUGCAAAGACCUGCAAAGUCCUCUUCUUCGCCAAGGCGGUGAGCUACAAUGGAAAGCUGGGAGAGGUGUGUGGAUUCGCUGUAGACACGAUGGAGGUGCCCCCUGGAGAAGAAAAGCGGCUGCCCCUCAAAGUGAAGUACAAGCAGUAUGGAAAAGCCAUCACACCUGACAGGCUGAUCCAGCUGUCAGCCAUCACCAUCAACAAGGAGACCGCUGAGUACCACAAGGCGGAGAAGACUAUUGUCCUGGACGAGCCAGAAAUACAGAUCAAGCUGGUGGGAGAACCCAGGGUGAACCAGCCUGUGACAGCAGAGCUGACCCUGGUGAACCCUGUACCAGAGAAGCUCCAGGACUGCAGCUUCACCAUAGAGGGAGUCGGCCUGACUCACGGGAAACCCAUAACAGCCGAGAUUGGAGCUGUGGGCCCCUCACAAGAAGCCAAAGCCAGCAUUAAGUUCAUCCCCAACAGCGCUGGCUCCAGCAAGCUCCUGGUGAACUUCGAUAGCGACAAACUGAGAAACAUCAAGAGUUUCAUCAGUGUUGCUGUGAAGGAAUGAACCAGCUCAGAGUCCAGUAGCACAAGCAGAUUAGUAGUUGUUGUUGUUGCUGGUUAACUGAAUAACAAGAGCUACAUGUUACAGAGCUGCCCUUGACAUUGAGGUGUUGGGCUUCAUUUUUUAAUCUACUUAUUUGUACUAGGGUGUCAAAGAGAAACUUUUUUUAUUAAAAACACAAUCAGGUAUAGAGGAUCGAUUGGUGAAGUGGAUUAAAGACUCUUAUUAAAAAAGAAUGCUAAAUAAAUUACUAUUAUUAACAGUUAUUUAACUCAUACUAAUUUUAUAUUUGAGAUUUAAGGACAAUAAAGACAUUAAUAAACUGUGAGUAGUUAUUGUUUUAGGAGAGAAAGUCAAACUGCCAAUAAAGACACUGCUGAAAAAAAG